GCGGUGACCUCUGUCCCUUUAACUGCCGAGAGAUUUUCCGCCGACUGAAAAUUCGCUCGCAGAGAACCGCUUUCAUCUGCGGUGCGUCGUUUUGCUUAUAGCUGUUUUCUGAAAGCAUGGCACUGUUAACUCCCCUCUUUGCUUUUUUAUAUCACUUACCGCAAGUUUAUAAAUGGCUGUUGAAGCCAUACUACAUAGCGUCCUUGUUUAUGUCGGUCGCUUUUUUGCUGGUUCGCAAGACUCCGGGAAUCUGUGAACAUCUUUCGACCCAGCGCGAGGAUGGCAAUCCCUGCGAUUUCGACUGGAGAGAAGUGGAGAUACUGAUGUUUCUGAGUGCCAUAGUCAUGAUGAAGAACAGAAGAGCGAUAACGGUUGAACAGCACGUGGGGAACAUCAUUCUCUUCUCUAAAGUGGCCAAUGUGAUUCUGUUCUUCAGACUGGAUAUCCGCAUGGGAUUGCUCUACCUGACCUUGUGCAUUGUGUUCCUUAUGACGUGCAAGCCUCCCCUCUACAUGGGCCCAGAGUACAUCAAGUAUUUCAGUGAUAAGACUAUAGAUGAGGAGCUGGAGAGAGAUAGUCGUGUAACAUGGAUUGUGGAGUUCUUCGCUAACUGGUCUCCAGAGUGUCAGUCUUUUGCUUCUGUCUAUGCUGAUCUGUCACUGAAAUACAACUGUGCUGGACUGAAAUUUGGGAAAGUGGACAUUGGGCGCUACAGUGAAGUAUCCAAGAAGUAUAAGGUUAGCACUUCUCCUCUCUCCAAGCAACUGCCCUCACUGGUGCUCUUUCAGGGGGGUAAGGAAGUCAUGAGGCGCCCCCAAGUGGACAAGAAAGGAAGAGCAGUGUCUUGGAGCUUCACUGAGGAGAACAUCAUCAGAGAGUUUAACUUAAAUGAGUUGUAUCAAAAGUCAAAGAAACUCAGUAAGAGCAGAGGAGAGAGGAGCGAAAAGCCCAGCGAAUCACAGUUCCCCCCUGUGCCUGAGGAAGAGGAGCCUGAGGCUGACACCCAAGAGGCAGUGAAAGAGAGCAAGAAAGACAAAUAGGAGAGCCAGGCUGGUGCGGAGCACUGGGACAUAACUGUGGAACUUGAUGGUUUUAUGCAGAAAGUUGUGUGGGAAUCAACUAUGGUGGUCCUAUUCCCCUAGUAACAACAUAACAUUACAAAAGUUAAAUAAAACUGUAUCUUGACAAAUAAAUUAGAAAGCAUUGACUACUGCAGUAUAUAAAACCCUCCAGCCUUUCACAACCAUUGUUCAAAGGUUAAAUGAGAUCAGAUUGGGUAGACUCUAGCUGUGGACAGUGUUUAUUUUAACCAAACAGCUCAUGCUACCUCUCAACACGGUUAAUGAUAGGAAUAAUAUUAAUUUAUAGAUAGGUUAUAUUUUGUAGCAGUUUGCUAAUAGAAGGGAGGGUCCUGCCUACUGUUCAUUCAUUUUUUUCCCCUAUAAAUCAUUCCUACUUUCUUCUUUUGUUACUCCUUAAUUUGGUAAUAUGUUUGUAUUUCUUAACAUUACCUUUUAUGGUACUAGCACUAUGUGAAGUGAUGCUCUCAACAUGGGCUUUAUGUAACUACCAUUUACAGUUUACAUCAUCUCUAAAUUAUGAGCAGAAUAAAGCAGAAUUUGAAAUGCUUCUCAAAUGCAUGUUGGUGCAACAGGUAUCGUUUUUUUUUUUUCUACAACUCACUCAGCCAUUGUAUUUCUGGGAUCUUGACAUUAUCUUACAUAAUACUCUUAUUAGUCUCUAAAUGUGGUCUCUGCUGUAAAAAAAAAGAAAAAAAAAGUAUUAUUUGGCUUUGUACACAUAUCCCAAAUUUACCAAAUCUUGGGGUUGCAUCUGAGUUUUUACAUUUUUAUUUUUUGCAUUUGAAUGCUGAUACUACAAAGUUAAGUAAACCAGCAGUACUGUUAGCUGCUUUCCUAUGGGCCUCUGUAUUGCUGUGGAAUCCUGCAGUGUUGUCAAGACACCAUACUUGCAUGGAGCCUUAUUUCUCGUUAAGUUGCUCACAGACUUAUACUGUGCAUGUGCCCUAGACUUGACUCGUUUCAUUCUAAACCACAACUACCAUAUGGUCUUUAAAUUUAAAGUACAUGUGACUGGGAUUGUGUGCAGAGGUUUUGGAUUACCAUUCCAAUAAAAUGCAAAACUUGAUAUUUAA